AUGGUCAUGAACAUCUUCCUGCUUAACUCAUCAUCGCGUCUGCUAGUCGUCUGCGUGUACGUCUCAAGCUCCAACACCAUCGGUCUGCGCACACUUCUGUACUGGGACAUCGGGGAAUACGUCUUCACGAACGCAGGCAUUGAUUGGUCAAUAUCUUCCGCUUGGUCGUGCAAUCUCUACAAGGAAUAUAUUUUCGUCCACUGUGAAGAGUCCGACGUCACGCACCGGCGCAUCUAUCCCCUCUCCCUCCUCCCACGAUAUGUGCGGCCAUAA